UUUGGUAUCAUUUUCAUUUUGGUGCUUUUACUACUUAAUGGAAAAAAUGUGGGUUAGUGAAAUGAAUAUUAGCUUUCUGAUUGGGUGUUAAUGGUAUGAGAAAUACACACUUAAACGGAUUCGAACUCAUGUUUUUCUGUUUGAAUAUUAAUGGUUUUUGAUUUGGUAUGUUUAUUGAUUUAUAAUUUGUUAAAAGCUUGAAUUUUUGUGUUUUGUGAUUGUGAUUUUUAGUUUAGUGUUCUCUAGGAUCGGUCUAGUAAGAGGAAUAAAAGCGGGGACACAAAUCGCAUGUAAUUAGAUAGGGUAGUCUUUCUUUCUCUUAGUAGGAACAGAAUAAAAUUUAUGGCAAUGAAAAAUGUUUUUUUUUUUUGGAUUAAUUGUUUAUUUUAGUCAAUAAUGUCAUAGUAAAUUGUUGAAGAGAGGCCGUUUAAAGUAUUGUCUGGUCAUAGUUGAUGGAUCCUUUAAUGUGUUGGUAUUGUCUUUGGGUCAAGCAAGGGUUUAAUCUCUCAAUUAUGAUGAAAGCCUAAGUCUAAGGUGGAGUUCACAUAGCGAGAGUGUUGUUGAAUCCAUCUGCUUCUAUUUGGAUGUUUAUGGGUUUUGAGAUGGUGGGUUCACUGAUUUGUAGUUUGUUAAAGCUUGAAUAUUUUCUGUCUUCUGAGAGUGACUUUUAGCUCAAGGUCGGUCCAGUUCUAAGGACGAAAAUGGAAACACGAGUCACCAUUUCUUUGGCAUCUAAUUCAGUAGGGUGGUCUUUGUUUGGUUCAUUUAGUAAGAACGAAAUACGAUUUUUCAAAACUUAUAUGAUUAACAUUACAUAGUUGCAUCUAGAAUAAGGAAUGAAAUAGUAGCGUCAAAACUUUUAUGAUUGAUGAACAUAUCGUACGGUGAACGAUGCAAGUUUUUCCGGUAUUUCUAGUUCAUAGUACAUUCUUUCGCGGAUAUUGUGUUAAGCGCAAUGUAAUAUCAGGUACGAUACCUAUGCUGGGACAAGUAAUGAGUGCAACUAGAGGCGCAACCGAUGCGUUUUCUGGUGUUAGCAAACACGUAAAUGGUGCUUUAACGAAGAUCGGAGCUAAGAGCAUUGAGGCCGGGGUUGGAUGUGGUGUCGGUUUUGGCCACGGUUCCAGUGUCGGACUCUCUGCGAAGCCUGGGAUGGUGCAUCAAAUUCAAUGUUGUGUUAUAGAAACAAUGGCGAAAUUGAUGAUGAAGUUCAGAAAGGCUCCCGGAUUACCGUUCAUUGGAGGUGCUUUUCCUGUAUCGUUUCGAAGUGGUUGGACCACAACGAAUGAACCAUCCCGAAAUCCACUCGGAAACAUGAACCAGAUAGUGUCAAAGCUAGCAGAUUCUACAUCCCAAGGGUUGCCUGGACCCGGGAUUACGAGCAGAGGUUCAACUUUUGGAACUCGAACAGAAAAAGUUCUCAGUAGUUUUUUGCAAAAUCCAGUUUUCAACGAAGACGAAACUAGCCAAAAUGAACUGGCGGCACGGUUGCCAACUGAAAACAACAUGCUUCAAUUGGUAAUGCCCCUUAUUUGCUUUGCAACCCGGUUUUGGUUGUUUUACGUUCGUGUUCCUGUUCAUGUUCGUUGCCUCGUUCAGAAUGUGUUAGAAUUUCUACUUUCCAUCCAGGUAAUGAAAUGUCAACAAAUCAUCGAACAGCUUAUGGAGGAAAAUCGGAAGCUUCAUCAGAUACUUACGGAAGACCUAAACAUACGCAAGCUCCAAACCGGUUACUUGAGUAAAACGGAAUCUCCAUGUUCGGAUUGCUUCUUUUGCCGAAGGAAACAAAGGAGAAACAGACGAUGAUUAGUCGUCUCGUGCUUCAUUCGAACGUGCACACUCGGCCCCCCACAACCGGCCCGGUUAUGACUAAUCCGAAUUUGAUUUUUUUUUAUGUGCCUUUUUCGGUUGCAUACCAACAAAACUCAACUAUUUUCACUCUGGAAAACACAAGACAUGACAAAUGUUUGUACAAAAGUAUGUUUGUUUUUACUCAAAACAGGUUUUUUCUGAAGAAAUAAAGGUCAUUUUAACAAGAGA